UGCCUGCGUCAGAACCCCGGGUGUAGCAGCGCGGCCGGAGGUUCGAGCAACGCGAGGAGAGAAGAAGAUCCGGGUCCGGUUUAAAGCUCGAACGGGUGCCAUGACCAGCGAGCUGAAUGUGCCGAUGGGCUCCCCGGCCCCGGGGGUCUCGGAGCACCCUCCUGAUGGGGGGGGGAUGGACUACAGGGACUGGGUCCGGCGCAGCUACCUGGAGCUGGUCAGCUCCAACCACCACUCGGUGCAGGCCCUGUCCUGGAGGAAGCUCUACCUGAGCCGGGCCAAGCUGAAGGCCUCCAGCCGGACGUCGGCUCUGCUCUCCGGCUUCGCGAUGGUGGCCAUGGUGGAGGUGAACCUGGAGAUGAAGUACGAUUACCCCCGGGUGCUCCUCAUCGCCUUCAGCGUGUGCACCACGGUGCUGGUGGCGGUGCACCUCUUCGCUCUGCUGAUCAGCACCUGCAUCCUGCCCAACGUGGAGGCCGUCAGCAACAUCCACAACCUCAACUCCGUCAGCGAGUCGCCGCACGAGCGCAUGCACUACUACAUCGAGCUGGCCUGGGGCUUCUCCACCGCCCUGGGCAUCUUCCUGUUCCUCACGGAGGUGGUGCUCCUCUGCUGGAUCAAGUUCCUGCCCAUAGACUCGUGCCUGGACCCAAAGAACGCCACGACGGGCGCCACGACGGGCGCCACGAUAAAGUGCAAGACCUCGGACCACAGUGGGCGGGACGCGGCGCUGGCCUCCACCAUCAUCAUGGUCCCGGUGGGGGUGAUUUUCGUGUUGUUUACCAUCCACUUCUAUCGCUCUCUGGUGCGCCACAAGACCGACCGGCACCACGAGGAGAUAGAGGAGCUGCACAAGAUUAAGAUUCAGCUGGACGGCCACGAGCGAUCCCUCCAGACUGUGUGACGGCCUCACCGCAGCUUCAAGAACUUCCACUUGUAUCUUAUUUUUUAUCUAAACCCUCUCACCGCUCUGACUCCUGGUCGUUGAUGUUGCCUUGCUCGGAACUCGGAGGCUUUAACGCUCUCUGCGAUUCAAACGGCUGUUACGUGUCGGGCCGCUAACUUAUUCUUAAGGUCAAUUUCUGUCGUAGGUUUUCGUGCCAUUAGCGAUGUGUCGUCUGUGUCGGUCAAAUAAUAACGUUAAAAAAGGUUUACAGCAAAAGGGCUACUAGGUUCUAUGUGCCAUGUUGUUUGCGUGAAAGCGUCGUGUGAUGAGUUGUUUCAUUCAGGGUCUGGUUCUCCGUCGGCAAGAUAUCCAGAUUCGCUCUGGAAUCCCUUAUUGAACUGUGCUCUGCCAAAGAUUAUAUGUAGACAAUGAAUGAAUCGCCGUUAAAUCAACAGAGCGGCGUGAAUCUCUUUUUAAAUUCAUAUAACAUCAAUAAUUUACACUGAUUUUAAAUUAAUAACUAUGAGCCAGGAUCAGCAUUUGGAGCAAGACGAAAAAUAAGAAGUGCCAAAGUUAAGUUUUUACAAGUUAAGUCAUCCACUUAAAUCAGUUUAACUCUUACUCAUAAAUGUGGUUAUUCACAAAAGUUGAAAGGAUUCAAAAGAGAUUCUGAUUUCUUAGGAUUCAUAUUCAACGAGCAAAAAAACAAAAUCAGAAUCUCUAUUCUGGAAGAAUGAUGGGUUGAUUGAACAAGUUAAAGCCUCAACCCCAGUGCAACCACAUUUAAAUCUGCUGGAUCCACAACUUUAUUUGGAUCCAAACCAAAUUGCAAUCACUCGUAGAUAUCAGACCUUUUUAAAAUGAGCCUGAUUUGGGUGAAAGAGUAAAAACCCGUCCACAUUAGAGUAAGUUCACACACUCGUAGAUAUCGGCCCCUAA